AUGAAUUCUCAAGGAGCGGAAGAUUUGCCCCAAACGGUUCAAGGAUGGCUGGAACUGGACAAAAAGUAUCGAAUCAAAGGACGAUACGAUAUCUCGCAGGUCCUCGUCAAGGGCGAAGGCGUACGAGUCUGGGAUGCUGACGGCAAAUCCUACAUCGACUUCGAAUCCGGCCAAGUCUGUGCAUCUACCGGUCAUUGCCAUCCUGCCUACACCAAAGCCGUCGUCGACCAAGCCGGCAAGCUUGUGCAAACCGGCUCUGGCUAUACCGAUCCCCCUCGCAUUCUCUUGGCUCAAAAGGUCGCACAAAUCAUGCCUGGUGAUUUGAGUCGCUCAUAUUUUGCAUGCACGGGCUCGGAAGCCACCGAGGCUGCUAUUCGACUUGCCAAGAUUUACACUGGGCGUACAGAAGUUGUCGCUUUGACACGUGGGUACCAUGGCAUGACUCACGCCAGUCUGGCUGCCACAGGUCUAGGUGGCAAGUUCAAGAGCAUCCCUGGUAGUGGUCUUCCAGGAUUCAUCCAUAUCCCGACACCAUAUGCCUACCGAAGCCCAUAUAAGGACGAUCGUGAUGAUAUGGCUGCAUUCCGUGAGGGCAUCGAGGCAAUCAAUUGGACCACCACUGGAAAGCCCGCCGCUAUCAUCCUCGAAGUAGUGAUGAGUGUUGCUGGCAUGAUCAUCCCUUCCAAGAAAUACGUCCAGGCCAUCCGCGAGUGGUGUACACAGACUGGCGCGCUGAUGAUCAUCGAUGAGGCUCAAUCAGGAGUUGGUAGGACUGGAAAAUGGUUUGCCAUAGAACACUUCGAUGUGAUACCGGACAUCAUCACUACCUCCAAGAGUCUCGGUGGGGGUGUGCCCCUUUGCGGUGUUACUACUACAUCUGAUAUCGCCGAUCGGGUCGCCGAGCUUGGCUACCACCAGUCAUCCUCACACACCGAUGACCCCUUCUUGGCCGCAGUCGGGCUUGCCAACAUUGAAAUCUUGGAGAGUGAGAACCUCGUUCAUAACGCAGACGUUAUGGGCCGGUACUUGAAGGAGGCGUUCGAGAAGUUGCAGGCGCAGUACGAGAUUCUGGGCGACGUCCGCGGCCUUGGCUUGAUGAUCGGCCUCGAGAUCGUGAUUGACAAAUCUAGCAAGGCACCUUCGCCGCUUCACGCAAGUGCAAUCAGUGAAUACUGUCGUGCCCAUGGCCUUCUUCUUGGUCACCGUCCAAACGGAGCUAUUAGCGGCAAUAACAUCCGAAUUCUGCCUCCAUUGAUCAUCAACCGCGCCGAGGCUGAUGAGGCGUUGGCAAUUUUCAAGGAUGCCAUGGUUCAUGCCGAGAAGACGGUGAAGGCUCAGGCUACCAACGGUACUGCUUGGAUGUGA